AUGCCUGACCUAGAAAAAAACAUGCAGAAGAACGGGAAAGAUACUUGCAGUAAAGAUGUAAGAGAAGUGCCAAAACUUCCAGUUCCACCACUGCAACAGACCUUACGCAUGUACCUACAGUGCAUGAAACACUUGGUCCCAGAGGAGCAAUUUAAAAAGACCAAGGCCAUCGUGGAGAAAUUUGGAAUUCCAGGAGGUCUGGGGGAAUCCUUGCAGCAAAUGCUUGAGGAAAGAAGUGAAAAGACAACAAACUGGGUGUUUAACUACUGGCUGGAUGACAUGUACCUCAACAACCGCCUGGCUCUUCCAGUCAAUUCCAGCCCCGCAAUUAUCUUUGCUCGUCAGUACUUCAAGGACGUAAAUGACCAGCUGAGGUUUGCCGCCAAUCUCAUUUCAGGGGUGCAAGACUACAAAGCUUUACUGGACACCCAUGGUUUACCUGCUGAUUUUUCUCGUGGACAGCUGUCUGGUCAUCCUCUCUGUAUGAAGCAAUACUAUGGACUCUUUUCUUCCUAUCGUCUUCCAGGACGUACCAAAGAUACCCUCGUGGCCCAGAAAAGUAAUGUAAUGCCAGAACCAGAACACAUCAUCGUUGCUUGUAACAAUCAGUUUUUUGUUUUGGAUGUUGUCAUUAAUUUCCGUCGUCUCAGUGAGGGAGAUCUUUUCACUCAGUUACAAAAGAUAGCAAAAAUGGCAGAGAAUGAAGAGGAAAUGCUGCCUCCAAUUGGCCUGCUGACAACAGAUGGAAGAACAGAAUGGGCAGAGGCCAGGAUGAUCCUUAUGAAAGACUCCACCAACCGUGACUCUCUAGACAUGAUUGAGCGGUGCAUAUGCCUGGUGUGCCUGGACAGCCCCAGCAGGGUGGAACUCAGUGACACAAACAUGGCAUUUCAGAUGCUGCACGGAGGAGGCUACCACAAAAACGGGGCCAAUCGUUGGUACGACAAACCUAUGCAGUUUGUGGUAGGAAGAGACGGACUCUGCGGGACCGUGUGCGAACAUUCUCCUUUCGAUGGCAUCGUAAUGGUGCAGUGCACUGAAUACCUGCUCAGGCACAUGAAAGAAAGUUCCAAGAAAUUAGUCCGAGCUGAUUCAGUGAGUGAGCUUCCUGCUCCACGGAGACUAAGAUGGAAGUGCUCCCCUGAUAUUCAGACACAUUUGGCAUCAGCAGCAGAAAAGCUCCAAAGGGCAGUGGAAAAUCUGGAUUUUAUUGCCUACAAAUUUGAGCACUAUGGAAAGGAAUUUAUUAAGAAACAAAAGAUUAGCCCAGAUGCCUACAUUCAAGUAGCACUCCAGCUGGCAUUCUACAGGUGCCACAGGAGGCUUGUCCCAACCUAUGAAAGUGCUUCCCUGCGCCGAUUUGAUGAGGGCCGGGUUGACAAUAUUAGGUCUGCUACCUCUGAAGCAUUUGCUUUUGUCAAAGCAAUGGCAAGUGACAAGACAGCUGUGUCGGACUCUGAGAAGAUACAGAAAUUUAAGGAUGCAAUUGCAGCUCAGACUAAUUACUCUGUUCUGGCUGUUACUGGAAUGGCAAUAGACAAUCACCUGCUAGGGCUCAGAGAGGUGGCACGGGAACACUGCAAGGAACUGCCAGAGAUCUUUACAGAUGAGACUUAUCUGACAAGCAAUCGAUUCAUCCUCUCAACCAGCCAGGUUCCUACUACUAUGGAAAUGUUCUGCUGCUAUGGGCCUGUGGUGCCCAAUGGAUAUGGGGCAUGUUACAACCCUCAGCCAGAGCAUAUAUUAUUCUGCAUCUCAAGCUUUAAAGAAUGUGAGGAAACCUCCUCAGGCAAGCUUGCAAAAGCUGUGGAAGAAAGUCUCCUAGCAAUGAGAGAUCUGUGCAAAAAAUGCAGUUCUACAACAGCAAAGCCACCUGCUAAACCAAAUGCAGCCAUGCAGCUGCAGUGA